AUGGAGCAGCCCCACGAGAACGAUCACCCGCCUUUAUCGCCGUCCGUCGAGGAAAACGAGCAGGCAGAGUUGUUUACAGCGGUGCUUUCCACGCUUGACCGAGAGCAGCUGCCCAUUCUUGCAGCCGCCGUACUACGACGCCUUCAACCAGGACACGGCCCUAUUGCCAAUCCCGCGAUUGGCGAGCCUGUUUAUGGCUCCUAUCAUGUUCUCUUCCCGUUGACCUUCGACAGCGGUGUUCGCUGGAUAGCCAAGUUCCCAAUCAAUGGCACAGAGAGCAAGUGGAAUGAGUUGUCUGCCUCUGCUUUAACAUCAGAGGCCAGCACAAUGCGCCUCUUGAAGCGCGAGACAACAAUUCCUGUACCCGAGGUUUUGGACUUCUCAUCAACCACCAAGAACUCCCUCCGCUGUCCUUAUAUCAUCAUGAGUUUUGUUACUGGAACGCCUUUGUACAAUAUUUGGUUUGGACACCGCAUGCACGGUGUUGACCCGGAGACCACGCGGUCGCGGCGAAUUCGUGCCCUUGAAGACAUUGCAUCGGCCAUGGCCCAGUUGGAGAAGUUUUCUUUCCAGACUGGUGGUAGUCUUGUGUUUGGGAGCGAUGGCAGCCCGUCCGGUAUUGGGCCUAUGCGACGAGUUGACCAGAAGGCGAUGAUCGACAGAUGGUUCGUUCACCAGAACCCAGAUGACGAUCUUAUCCAUCUUCAAUGCGGCGCAUUUAGCAGCCCCAAAAAAUACUACACCCACAUGCUCGAUGUACAUCCUGAAGAGUACCCCAUCCCUAAGGGCAUUGCCAUCCUCUUACGGCAUUUCAUCAGCUGGGUCCCAGAGCCCGGCGACACCGACCCCUUUGUCCUCGCACAUCCAGAUUAUAACAUUCAAAAUUUCAUGGUAUCUGAAGACGGCGGGCUCCAAGGUAUCAUUGACUGGGACGGUGUCGCUGCUGUGCCUUGCAGCCUUGGUAAUGAGAGUUACCCAGGCUGGCUUACGCGGGAUUGGGAUUCCGCUAUGUACAGUUACACAGAAUCCAUGGAAGAUGGAGUGGAACCCGAUGGUGUAUGGGAGGACUCACCCAAGGAUCUGGUCUAUUAUCGCAGCAUCUACGAUGGACUCAUGGCAAAGCACCGGCCGCAGGAAAGAAAAGGUUCCGGCAUCAACUUCUGCCGCAUGUCCCUCAUCACGGAAAACCUGGCUAUUGCGGUUGAUGAUCCUCGAUGUCGGAAUGGGAUUCUGCGCAGGAUGUUGGACGAAAUCUGGGCCGUUGCCGGGGAGGGUGAACAGCCGGAAUUUACGGAGCUAGCUGAGAGCUUCGUGGAGGGCAAUGUGGAUGAGAAGUUAUUGGAGACACUCCGCAGGGGGUUUAAUAUCCUCCUUUCGAAGCAAGGGUUAUAG